UCUUACAUCAUUUGUAUUCAAUCUUAAACAUGUUAAAGACUUGAGAUACAAAAAGAUGUUUUUGUGAAUCGUAAUUAAUCUACAGCAUCUCAUGCAACAACAUGGAUGCAAGAUUUACAUGUUUAGUUUUUCUGUUCUUUACAAUUGUAAAUUCCAAAAGUAAGAACCUAGAAAUCACUUCUCUUCAUGUUCAAUCUGAUAUCAGAUACAGGUUUGCCACAACGCUUGUUACCAGUACUGUCGCAAAUACCGAUAACAAGUCGGUAGAGGCUAAGUUCGAUGUCACUCUUCCUGAUGCAGCAUUCAUCACCGAGUUUGUCAUGAAGAUCGAUGGUAAACUAUAUCCAGGAGUAAUCAAUGAGAAGGAGAAAGCAAAGAAAAAGUACGAAACAGCAAAGAAAAAGGGACAAACAGCCGGAAUCGUUUCACAAAAGCCUAGGCAUACCAACCGGUUUAGUGUUGAUGUUAACAUUGCAGCCGAGAGUACAGUAACAUUCAACCUGACUUAUCAAGAAUUAUUGGAACGGGUAUACGGGGAAUAUGAGCAUAUCAUAUAUAUUGACCCCGGACAGGUAGUAGAAGAUUUCAAGAUAGACGUGGUUAUACACGAGUCAAGGGAUAUCACUAAAGUCUCUGUGCCACCAAUUAGAAAUGACAUCAUUUCUGACAAUAGUAUUGAUGAAGGCAAGAAUGCUUUGGUGACGAUUAAUCGGCCAACAACAAAAUCAGCGAUGAUUCAUUAUGCACCUACUACAGAUGACCAAAAACAGCAAUCCGACCAAGGAAUAUCUGGGCUCUUUGUGAUUGAAUAUGACGUUGAAAGAAAAUUUGAUGGCGGAGAGGUUUUGGUUGUCGAUGGAUACUUUGUCCACUUCUUUGCACCGUCUGGUAUGAAACCGAUUCCUAAAGACAUUCUGUUCAUUCUUGACGUAAGUGGCUCAAUGUUGGGAGUGAAAAUCCAACAACAACGUGACGCCAUGGAUAAGAUUUUGCAAGACUUAAACGAAGAUGACAGAUUCAAUAUUAUGGAAUUCAGUUCAAAUUCUAAACUUUGGCAGAAGUCUCUGGUUUUUGUAAAUAGCAACACAACACAGAAUGCAAGAGAGUUUAGUCAAAAGAUGAACGCAAAUGGAGGAACAAGAGCUAAUGAUGCCUUGAAGAAAGGAAUACAAUUUCUAAAUAACGUAGAACUCGAGAGUCAACGCAUCAAACUGAUUGUAUUUCUGACUGAUGGAAGAGCACGAACAAGCAGCAAUACAAUUCUGAAAAAUGUGAAAACAUAUAACACAAAGGGGAUAACAAUGUUCAGCCUUGCAUUUGGAAAUAAUGCUGAUUACACAUUCAUUAAGAAGCUUGCUGUUCAGAACAAAGGCAUUGCCAGAAGAAUUUUUGAAGAUUCAGAUUCUUCUUUGCAAAUAAAAGGAUUUUAUGAUGAAAUAUCGUCUGCGACGUUACAAAAUUUAACAUUUAAAUAUCUUGGAAAAGACGAUGAAGUUGUUGAAAAUGUUACAAGGCUGAAUUUUGAUACGUUUUUUGAUGGAAAGGAAUUAAUCAUUGCUGGUAAAAUGUCCGAUGAUAAUGUCAAUGAAGUGGAUUUGGUUGUAACUGGAGACGGUUCUGAUGGCCAUAUAGAACUGUCUCUUGAUUCAGUUGUAAACAAAGGUGUUCCAGAACUGACAAAACCUAAGGACUUCCACAAAAUUACAGAAAGAAUAUGGGCAUAUUUAACAAUAAAACAACUGUUGGAGUCUGCAAUAGAAGUUGACAAUGAUGAAGAAAAAACACAAUUGAAUCAAAGAGCUUUAGAUCUUUCUCUUAAGUAUAAGUUUGUUACACCUUUGACAUCCAUGGUCGUUACAAAACCUGAUGAAAAAGAUGUCGGAUCAUUCGAAGAGAAUGAAGAUGCUCAACUUGCACUGUCUACUGGGUCACGUUUGACAAGUUCUCCAAUACAGCACCAUGGACCACGUUUGACAAGUUCUCCAACACAGCACCAUGGACCAUCUGGGAUUGUUGCUUUUAGGCAACCUCUACAGAUGUAUGACCUGUCGAGAGGAAGUUACAGUGGUGGAGCUGGCGGAGAUCCACACUUUAUGGUUCGCAUGAAGGAUCUAGAGUUACCCGUCUGUUUUAAUAUUAAAACAAAGAAUGGUGAAAUCCUCCAGUUGGUGAAAGACCCAGUGUCAGGUGUAACUAUUAAUGCUGGAGUUGUGGAAUCGACAGCUAGAAAUGAACACGGAGACUUGAAAACAUUCUUCGGUGAACUUGUUUUACGUGCGCCAUCUGUGGAAAUAAUAGUGAAACCAAGUAGCAUUUAUUUCAAUGGUGCAUCCCUAUCUUGGGAUGACAAAGACGUUUUUCGAAUGGAAAAUGUUGCUAUCAUCGUCAAGUUUGUUGGUCGCCAUGACAGAACUAUGACAAUUGACUUUGGAAAUGACAUCAUCGUUACCAUCAGACGACAUAUGAAACAGGAUACAAAAAUGGCAUUGAGUUACUUGAACAUCUAUAUAGAAAAAGAAACAGGGAUAUCACAGUUUGCAUCAGGGGUACUUGGAGAACUUGUACACAAAUCGACAAAGCUGUUCCAGAUUACAUUGGAUGACCAGGGUAAUGAACAUGGUCAUUUCUUGGAAGUUGGAGAUGGUCAUACUUAUCGUUUCUACACAACUGUGGACCAAAAACAAGACGUGAUUACUGGAGAGGACACAACAUGUUGGUAUGUACCCCAACCUAUGGAAGGCCUGUUAGAUGAAAAUAUUUCAAAGUAUAUCAUACCUGAUAUGCGUGCCUGAAACCCGAGUGUUUAGAAUAACUUUUUACUGGUGUCAUUAUUAUGUGGUUUUAACGUUGUUACUGUAUUGUUAGCUCAAAGUUUUAUCAUUUUUUUGUGCGAUUGUAUUAUCAAACUUAGUUAAUACAAUAUCAUUUAAAAAAGUGAAUAAUUUUAGAAUUUAAGCCAACGAUUUGAUUUAUAAUCAAAGAAUUGUGAUUGAACACACUGCAAGACGAACACGCAACUAUAUUCAUAUGUAUAAGAACCAGGAAAGACAAAUAAAAAUGAAUAAUCAUUUAUUGUCAAUUUUAAUUAGCACAUAUAAAAAUGUGCUGAUGUAGAUGUUUUCCUUUUUGAACAUAGUAAAGGAGGCACCAGUAGUAGUUAUAAUAAAAACAUAACCAAUAUAUCAUAGAGAAUAGCUCUGCUACAUACUUUAUCAUUAUUUGUGGCAAAAAAAAACUUGUUAGAUUUUAAUAAAAUAUAUUUAUCUACAAAAUAAAUAUCAUAAAAAUUGUGUAAUCGGGUGAUAAAACAACACGAAAAUGGUAGAUAGAGUACAAAGAUAGAGAGAACAAUUCGGAUGAAUUCAAACUUUCCAUUUUGAAUUUGCAUUUUUAUAGAGAGUUAAAAAAUUUAUGGAUUAUAUAUCUCCCAGUUGCUGAUACAAAAUUCUAUAAAAAAGAGAGGCGAAAGCUACCAAAGGGAUAUUCAAACUCAUAAGUCGAAAACAAACUGACAAUACCAUGGCAAAAAAACGAUAAACGACAAAUAACAGUACACAAUACGCAAAAUAGAAAACUAAAGACUGAGCAACACGAACCCCACCAACAACUCGGGUUGAUCGCAUGUACUCAUAAGCUAUAUCAAGUGAUAAGGCAUUACACAACAGCGGACUUGAAAUUGACUCUUAUUCAACCCUAAGACACCACCAUGACAUUAUUUUUCCUAUCAUGAUUUUUUUGAGUGAGCGUUGACGCUAACUUCGAAAGUUGCACGAUCGCUACACGAUUGGUCAAUCGUUCAUAUGGUGAAAAAUUAUCAAGGUACACAUUCCACAAUCUUCAUAUAGUCUACACAGUUAUUAACAUUUGUUGGUUGAUGCUACUUUGAUUUAAUAAAAAAAAUAUAUGUCCCUAAUAAUUUAUGAGGGAUCAUAUAUUAGGGUAACUGUCGCGUUAAGCUCUCACUUUAGCAAAAUGACAGUUUUUAAAUUUAUUUAUUUUUAAAUAAAACAGUCGUUCGCCAUAAGUAUUCGUAAACACAUCAAAUUUGAUACCGGUCAACGUACAUCUGCUCAUAAAUACAAAAUUUAGACCAAAAACAAGACGUGAUUACUGGAGAGGACACAACAUGUUGGAAUGUACCCCAACCUAUGGUAGGCCUGUUAGAUGAAAAAUAUUUCAAAGUAUAUCAUACCUGAUAUGCGUGCCUGAAACCCGAGUGUUUAGAAUAACUUUUUGCUGGUGUCAUUAUUAUGUGGUUUUAAGGUUGUUACUGUAUUGUUAGCUAAAAUUUUUAUCAUUUUUUUGUGCGAUUGUAUUAUCAAACUUAGUUGAUACAAUAUCAUUUAAGAAAGUGAAUAAUUUUAGAAUUUAAGCCAACGAUUUGAUUUAUAAUCAAAGAAUAGUGAUUGAACACACUGCAAGACGAACACGCAACUAUAUUCAUAUGUAUAAGAACCAGGAAAGACAAAUAAAAAUGAAUAAUCA